UUAGCGAAUGACAAUGACCGAUAGUCCGAUAUCGGAAUUAUUUGUAUAGAUUUUAUUUUUUCGUAAUAAGUUUAUGAUCAACUUACUCGAAAGCAGUUGAUGAUAAAAACUGAAAUAAUUACGGUUAAAUGUCAAGUAUUUAGUUUCCAUCCAUAUUUUAUUUGUAAGUAAAUUUAACGUACUAAAAUAUGGCUAAAAAAACUUACGAUUUAUUGUUCAAAUUACUCUUAAUUGGAGACUCGGGUGUUGGAAAAACCAGCAUAUUAUUCAGAUUUUCUGACGAUGCUUUUACGACUACGUUCAUUUCAACUAUAGGUAUCGAUUUCAAAAUAAAAACAGUCGAAUUAAGAGGCAAAAAAAUCAAGCUACAAAUAUGGGAUACAGCAGGUCAAGAACGUUUCCACACUAUUACAACUUCGUACUACAGAGGUGCUAUGGGCAUAUUAUUAGUGUACGAUAUAACAAAUGAGAAGAGUUUUGAGAAUAUAGUGAAAUGGCUUAGAAAUAUUGAUGAGCAUGCUAAUGAAGACGUAGAGAAAAUGAUAUUAGGAAAUAAAUGUGAUAUGGAAUCAAAAAGGGCUGUGAGCAAGGAGAAAGGCGAAGCGAUUGCACGAGAACAUGGUAUUCGAUUCAUGGAAACGUCGGCUCGAUGUAACACGAACAUUAAUGAUGCAUUUAUGGAAUUGACUUCGUCCAUUUUAAAUAAAACUACAGGUAGAGAUCCCACCGAAGCUCCGGACAGGGUUACCAUAGACAGGCGUAAUGAGAAAACCACAAAUAGGUGCUGUUAACCGGUUAUGUAUUUGUCGUCGAUACUUUUAAGGUCUUUCAAAACGCUUUUCUAUUUUACCAAUAUCCUCAUUUUAUUUUUCGUCUCGCCCAAAUUUUUAUCGAAUAUUUACGAACGAAUAUUUUUUCUGUGAUGGCUGGUAAUGUUCACGUUUUAACGCAUAAAUAUAAUGGGAUAGGCUAUUAUACAUAAAAUUCGCUGAUUAUUAUGAUUUUUUUUUUUCGAUUUAGCGCCAAGUAAGUCUUACAUUGAAUGCUUUUUUAGAUUUUUUUUCUUAUCGAUCAUAAUUUUUACUUGUUUUUCAAUCAGUUUUUUUUUUUUCGUUUUUACAUGUAGCAGGCAACAUUCUACCUGCUUUGUUAUUAAUUUUUGUACUAUUCUUACUUAAAAUAAGGAAGUAGUUCUUUUUUUUUCUGAAAACAUCACUUUGUAAAGUAUUCGUCGUUCAUUCUGUAUUUCGUAUUCUAACCCAGUCGUUUUAAUUCACGCGAAAUUUUCAGAAUAAUUUAGUUCAUUGGUUUCCAAUACAUAUUUUAUUUUAAUUUAUUUUGCGAUAACGUAAAAACGUAUAAAAACGAGUCCAUUCAAGUAUUUUCCUGCUAAACAAUGUUCAUUACCGAUGAAUGGAACGUGAGUGUCCGAUGUUUUUUCUGUAAUGGAUUCGCAUAUUCUUAUUUUCAUUUAAGCUGUAUUGACCGUUGUUUUCUUGCAAUAAUGAGUUAAUAAGUUUGAUUUAGUUGAAAUUUUUACGUGGUAUGAACCCAUACUUUACUGUGUCAGUCUUAGACUUGAACUAGAGUAGGAUUCGUCUUUGUAUAGCACGCAUCUGCUUCAUUCAUUACGCUUCUAUUAUAAAUUCUUUCUACGGUUUUGAUUUGGAAUGAAUAUUGAAUAGGUAAUUGGAGCUCGUUUUUGAGUAAUCUGUUUUACUGAACGGAGUUACUUCGCCUGAGACAUUAUUAUUAAAAACUGGUGAUCAGUAUCAUCUGUGUAUUCUUAGAUUGGUACUUCGAGUUUUAAUUGAAUUGAACUCUUUUGUCUAUGUAAUUUUAUAUGGCCAACGAGACGUAAUAAAGGCGGUAGCAUAACCACCAGCGAUAAAUACAUUUUCGCGAAACAUUUUUUCAGCGUAUUUUUUCCCUUGCUCGCGAGAUUUAUUGGUACAUAUUAAUAUUCUUUUUGAACGCUUAGUACUCCGUGUAAAUUGUACAUUAAACACGCAUCCAUUUUUCUUUCUUUUUUUCCCCCUCAAACCGAAGUUAUGUAAGUGUUGAAAUGAUGUAAAAUCUCGAAUAAAUGAAUUUAAAAGCAAUGAAAACAUAUCAAUUCUGUUUGUAGUGUUAUUGUAAUAAUCAAUCAUGAUUGAAACAUGUCUUUUAAAAAAUCUUUAUUCAUUAAAAUUUAUGUCCGAAAAAUUUUAUAUCACGCUGGGUGAGAAAAAAAUCUCGACCGUUGAAUUGUUUUUAUACGAUUUUAUAAAUUUGUAUUUUUUUUUAAAAACCGUAUUAGCCUAAUUUAUAUAUUUUUUAGACAAUUUAAUAUUUUGAAAGGAAUUGGGAUUUUCGUGACGUGUAUUUAAUUCAGAGGCUUAGGGACCAAAAUAUGCGGUGUCGAUGAGUUGAAAAUCCUAUUCACAAAUUAUUACAAAGGUGGUUGUUGAAAGGUUGUUUAUUUUUUGUUAGUAGUAUUCCCUGAUGUGAAAAUUAAUUUUAUGAAAUAAUGUUUUUUAAUGUUACAAAAUUGUAAUUAUGGUAUCGAUUUUUAAAUCAAUAGGAUUAUCAAGGCCUUUAUAUUACAUUUUGUAGAAAUUAUCAUUUUUCUAUUAACAUAACUAAUGUAUAUUACAUUUUUAUUCUACAUACGUUCGAAAUAUUCGCCUUUUUCAUUAACAUGUGCUGUAAAUAUUUGUAAAAGCCUUAUAAAUGCAUAGGUUCAAUGCAUUUUACCAAAUAAACUUGUAAAUAAUCAUUCAUUAUGUAAUUCUCAAUAUACGUAUGCAAUGGCAUGUAUCCUUCA